AUGCAAACCUCCACUUCCGCUCCAUGCUCUAUCUGCGGCAAGGGCCCAUUUCUAAUACAAAACCUCUAUAAGCACUUGCGCAAUGUCCACAAGUGCUCAGAAGAUCAAGUGGAAGAAGUAAAAAGCGCUGUAAAAAGGGCCGUGUACGCAGAAGAGAUCAAGUGUGAUACCUGCGGAAGGGUAUUCUUCUCUGCAUAUGGAAUGAGAAAGCAUAAGAAGAAUGUGCAUGGAGACAAUGCUGCAUCAACAUCAGCAGCUAGCGAAGCAAACUCGGGAAUAAACCGACCGAUCAAAUGCCCAGGUUGUGACCAAAGUUUUAGUACCCAGUUAGAAUUAGCGGUACACUGCCAGAAAGAACACAAGUGUGGCGACACGGAUUUUGCUAUAGUUGAGGAGUGGCUAGGAAGACAGGAGACGGAGACUUGCUCCAAGCUAAUUAAACGAGGACACAACACCAGAAGCAGUAAGGGGCACACAUAUACGUAUACCUGUCAACACGCUGGAGGAGAUGGGAAAGGUGUUGACCCACAGGAAGUGAAACAACGAUAUAAGAAAAUGAAGCAAGUGCAUAAGCACUGCCCUUGUUUUGCUAAGGUGCAUGUACGUGGAGACGGAUUGGUUGAGAUCACAGCGUGUUUCGGCCACCUAGGACACGAUAUCAACUCAGCAUCUUUCCCGCUUUCGAAUGAAGACGAGUUGACUAUCAAGUCAAUGAUUGUGGAAGGCGUCCCGCCACAAACGAUAGUUGCAAAACUGCGGGCAACUAAGUGGAGAGCGAAUGAGGAUCCCCGGAGACAACCUCGUAUAUGCUAUAUUACGAUGAGAGACGUCACUAAUAUCGCCGCGCGUCAUGGUCUUGUGGAUGGUAGAAGAAGUGAAGAUGACCUUACUUCUUUGAAGUGUCUACUGAAGGAUGAAAACGAAAUUGCAGCUGUUAAACUAAUUGAGACAGACGACCCGACCGGAGAUGGAUUCGCUCUAGCAUUAGUUACCACCAAUGGAAGAAAGUAUCUCGAGCGUUAUGGACACCGUGGUAUAGUGUUCGACGAUACCUUCAACGUAACACGGUAUGCGUUCCGUCUAGCCACUUUGCUCGUGUCAGAUGACGGGGGCAACGGUUUCCCAUGUGCCUUCCUGUUAUCAUAUCGUAUGACAGCAGCGGAAAUCCGGGUCCUUUUUGAAUUAGUUAAGGGAUGUGAAAUCGGACUGAACCCGCAGUACGUCAUGACCGACGACACCUACGUCUUCUACAACGCAUUUAAAGCGGUAUUCCCCUCAAGUCAGGCUGCUAAAGUGCUGUGCUCCUUUCAUAUAAGUCAAGCGCUGCAGAGGAAACAUAAAGAGCUGCUGAAGGAUUCUGAUGUGCGAACUGCAAAGGGCCUUCUCUCCUCUCUUCUCAUAGAAACGGACCCCAAAGUAUUUGAAAGCAAGUAUUCUGCCUAUUUGACAUGGCUGUCAUCGAUAGAAUCGAUGGAGAUGUUGACUCAUGUAGAAAAGAACUACUCAGGGAGAAGAAGAGAGUGGGCUCCAUGCUAUCGCCCAAAUGCUCCGUUUACAACAUCUAACCACGCGGAGUCAUGGCACAACACACUAAAGCACACCAUCCUGCGAGGAAAGCAAAACAGCAGAAUGGACACCGUAGUCCAUCUCUUGUUGAGCCAUUCGCGUAAUCGUCAGCUCCAGCUUAUAUCCGCGUGCGUCCGAGGAGGUUCUGACAUGUCUUGGAGACGUAAGCAGAACACACGACGUCAUAAGGAUGCUCUGUCGUCCUACAGUAGCACGACGGCUGCAAUAUCGAAGGAAACAAGCAACUCUUGGAGAGUGGUCUCUAGGUCGCGAAAAGGGGUUUCGUACGAGGUGACUAUCAACGAGUCGUCCUGUGACUGCAGUGAAAAUGUCAACUCCCACUGUGAACGUUGUGGGGUUUGUGGGUAUCAGGUGCAGUGCACAUGCCCUGACGGAUACCAGUCAGGAGUGUCGUGCAUCCACGCCCACGCAGUCGCCACAUUUGACGAAGAUGCCGCCCGUAUGCUUCGCCCAGUACGAAGACGACUGGAUGACUGCAGCACUCCGCUACCAUCAUGCAGCAAAAGUUCAUCUGGAGACAGCGGAAGAACAUUCAAUCUUGCUCCUGAUGACGAUACCGUCGAUGAGGUCACAUCUAUAGAAGACAUUGUAACCCAGGAUAGUCUGAAGGAAGCGCUCCAGACGAACCAAGGAGUCCUAGCGCUACUUUCUGAAAAGGUCCGAGAGUUAUGCAGAACGAAGCAAGUUAAGCUGGUGGACCGCAUAAACGAAGGAUUGAGAAGCAUUUUACAGGAUAUUACCAAGGAGAUGGUCGAGGGCGCACAUCCUUCAAGAAGGAUUAGGAAAGAACGAGAAGUAUCGGCAAAACAAGAUGUAGAAAAUAAAGAAAAUACUGUCGCUAAAGAAGUGAUUGGAUGUGCGCCUUUUGCAAGAAGAACUGUUUUGCAAACAACCGGGGCAGGACCGAAACCUCUUCGAAUUCAGCCUCAGUAUAAAAGUAGGUCAACGAUCAAGGCUGAGAAGAAAAGGAAGACGAAAUUCAUCGACGACGAGAGCGAUCUGGAGGAGCAAACGCGAUCAAUUUUAGGAACAGAUCGUCGACUUCUGCAGACAUGUUUCGUCUGUGGCAGAAGAAACCCAGAAGAGAACGAUGAGAACGAAGUGUUCUGGGUGGUGUUCGAACAAUUCGGCGCCAGUAUUUUCAAUUUUGUACGCAAAAAUCCGUUACGUACUAUUGCGACUGAUCGAGAGCGCUGCUCCCACGAAGCACGUCAUUGCCGGGUCUCGGGCGCUGCUCUUCCGAUGAUUUACGUCUUCUUCUUCACUAUAGUUAGCUUAAUCCUAUGGGGCGUAUUUUUAACGACUGGAUACCUUUGCUAUUUGGUUCGACAUUCAAAUCAUGGUCAAACGAAGUACAAAGUGAAUCCUCGGACUGAGCCCGUAUCGCUGUGUUGUGUGAUGGGCUCCGGUGGUCAUACGAUGGAAAUGUUGGAGUUGUUGAAAAAUCUUGGAAAACAGUACACACCUAGAUGGUAUAUCAUUGCGGACACGGACCAUAUCAGCGCAGAUAAAGUAAAAGAGUUCGAAAGCAGUCGUGAGGAUGGCGCAUUCAAUAUUUGCACUAUUCCGCGAAGUCGCGAAGUUGGACAAAGCUUCAUCACCGCUGUUCCGACUACCCUAUACUCGUUCCUAUUUGCCCUUCGUAUUGUAUGGAACGCUAGCCCGGAUCUUCUUCUAGUGAACGGUCCCGGCAGCUGCAUUCCUGUCGUGUUUGCUGCCGCUCUUUUUGAUAUGGUGCGACUACGGGACACAGUAAUCAUUUAUGAGGAAUCAUUAUGUCGCGUUGAAACCCUAUCUCUAUCUGGCUCGAUCCUGUAUUUCCUUGGAUUGGCAGAUGAUAUUAUUGUGCAAUGGAAACAGCUUAAGGAGAAAUACCCCAGGACAACUCUGAUCAGCGAUCUACAGUGA